GUGCGUGGCGUAGAGGUCUGUGGUAGAAUAAGCGUGAAGAAGGAAAAAAAGGCCAAGCGGAAUCCCGCGCAUGCGCGUGGCGUCGCGAGGUCUUCCUGCGGCCUCGGCGUCUGAGGAGCGCGCGCGCCAUGGACGUGAAGCGGCUGAAGGUGACGGAGCUGCGGGCCGAGCUCGGGCGGCGGGGCCUGGACUCGCGCGGCCUCAAGGUGGAGCUGGCCCAGCGCCUCCAGGAGGCCCUGGACGCCGAGAUGCUGGCCGCGGGGCCCGAGGAGGCCGGCGCUGAGGCCCAGGCCGGAGGAGGAGGAGGAGCGGCCUCGGCGGGAGGACAAGGCCUCGGCAGGGCCCGCCUGGGAGUAGGAGGCGGAGGCGAGAACGACGAGGAGGAGGACGAGGACGAAGAAGAGGAGGACGAAGAGGAGGAGGAGGACGAGGAGGCGCUGCUGGCCGACGAAGAGGAGCCCCCGCCUCAGCCUCAAACAGCAGAGGCCCAGAAGGCACCAGAGGCCCAGGCCUCCGGAGGAGGAGGAGGAGGAGGCGUCAAUGGGGCUCAAGGGGCCUCCGAGGAAGGGGCCGGCAGCGGCGGGGAAGAGGCCCCCAAGGGCGGCGAGGCAGAGGCCAAGCCCCCGGCAGCAGAGCAGCAAGCAAAUGAAGAGGAUGAGAAAGCAAAGCAGGCUGCUCCGGAUGGUGAACGCCAGGGGCUAAAAAGACAACGAGAUGAGAAGGAAGAGCAUGGCCGUGCUUACUAUGAGUUCCGAGAAGAGGCAUAUAAUAGCAGGUCCAAGUCUCCACCACCACCAGAAGAGGAACCUAGAGAAGAGGAUGACGAGACUCUUGUGACCCUGGACACAUAUACAUCUGAUCUUCACUUCAGAGCCACCAAGGAUCACUAUGGAGGACAGCCUUUGUUCGCUGAGAAAUUUCCCAAUCUUUGGUCUGGGGCAAGAAGUACACAUGGAGUGAAAAGUGGGAAGAUUUGCUUUGAGGCAAAGGUGGCACAAAACCUCCCACUAAAGGAAGGUUCCACAGAGCAUCAGCUGCUUCGCGUUGGAUGGUCUAUUGAUUUCUCUCGUUCACAGCUAGGUGAGGAUGAGUUUUCUUAUGGCUACGAUGGACGAGGGUUGAAGGCUGAAAAUGGGCAAUUUGAAGAAUUUGGCCACCCCUUUGGAGAGAAUGAUGUGAUUGGUUGCUUUGCUAACUUUGAGAGUGACGAUGUUGAACUGUCCUUCUCCAAAAAUGGAGAAGAUCUGGGUGUUGCCUUCUGGAUCAAUAAGGAGAUGCUUGGUGACAGAGUUCUGCUGCCGCAUGUGCUGUGCAAAAACUGUGUGGUAGAGCUGAAUUUUGGCCAGAAAGAGGAGCCUUUCUUUCCAGUUCCUGAAGGCUACGUUUUCAUUCAUGCUGUUCCUGUUGAGGAUCGGGUGCGCACUCCACUGCCACCAAAAACUCCAGGGGACUGUGAGGUCUUGCUUAUGGUUGGGCUACCAGGAUGUGGGAAAACCCACUGGGCACAGAAAUACACCCAGGAGAAUCGAGAUAAGCGCUACAACAUCUUGGGGACCGAUACAGUUCUCUACCAAAUGAAGACGAAGGGUAUUGAACCUGAAGAAGCACUGGAGACAGCAGCUCGAGAUCAGUUGCUUCAGCAAGCUGCUCGUUGUGUUAGCAAGCUUGUCCAGAUUGCUCCCAGGACAAAGAGGAACUUCAUUCUUGAUCAGUGCAAUGUGUAUAACUCUGGUCAACGGCGGAAACUUCUCCCCUUCAAGGGAUUCAUCCGCAAGGUUAUGGUGAUCGUUCCCAGUGAAGAGAACUGGGAGGAGAGAUUGGAACAACGGGAAGAAGCUGAAGGUGAAGAUGUUCCGGAGUCAGUGAUGCUAGAAAUGAAAGCCAACUUCUCUCUUCCGGAGAAGUGUGAUUACAUAGAUGAAGUCCUGUACCAAGAACUUGCAAAGGAAGAAGCUCAGCCUCUUGUCACCAAAUAUAAAGAAGAGGCCAGAAAAUUGCUCCCACCUUCUGAGAAGCGGACAAACAGACGCAACAAUCGCAACAAACGCAACCGUCAGAAUCGCAACCGAGGCCAGGGAUAUGCUCAGCCCAGGCAACCAAGUAUGCAGCACCCCCCCGGGCUGCUGUUUGGUGGCCAGCGUCGAGGGUACAAUCAUCGGGCUUAUGGGCAGCAACAUCAGCAGCAGCAACAUCAGCAGCAGCAGCAGUACUGGGGGCAACCUGGUAACAGAGGCGGUUAUCGUAACUUCUAUGACAGAUACAGGGGGGACUACAAUCGCUUCUACGGACGUGAUUAUGAGUACAACAGAUACAGAGACUAUUACAGGGACUACAAUCGAGAGUGGCAGAACUACUACCAAGACAGAGACCGGUAUUACAGGAACUACUACGGCUACCAAGGAUACCGGUGAAACCCUACCCAGUCUCCACCCUUCAGCCAAGCAGCAAAGUGCUAUGGAGGGGGAGUCUCCACCACUUCCCAAGACACAAAGCAGUGGAAAACAGGGCUGUUGGGGGAAGAGUGGCAUUGGGUUGGGGCCGGGAGGGGAGGGGAGGGGUGAAAAAGAAAUUGUAAAUUUUUUUAAAAAGUUUGUUGAAAAGAAUAUUGUCUUAUUCUAAAAAAAAAUUCGAACUUACUUUAGACAUUUGUAAUCAAAAUUUGUGCAGAGAGGAGAGGCACACUUAGCACCACCUACGACUGAGCAGGAAAAUGUGAGAAAGCACCUGGACUGGCGGCUGGGCGCAGGGAAGGGGGCGCAGGACUUUCAGGGGGCAAGGGCAGCAUGUGGAGGUGCAAAUGGGGAACGUUUGGCCGUGGGUACAUCUUUUGGCAUUUUUUAAAACUUUUUUCAAAACCAAAACUAAUGUAGGGCUUUUAUGGGCCAUUCUUUUUUCCCAUGGGAGGGCAACGACAGUAGCGUACCUUCCCAUUCAAAAGGAAACCCUUUUCCAAUGUUGUAUCUGCAAAGAGGUUGCAUAACGUUCCUCUUUCCCUGCCUUUCCGAGACCAUCCUGUGUUUUCAGACAGUGAAUUGCUGGGAGGCCUGUUAGGCAUCCUAGAUCCCAGGUCAGAGGUAUCUCCUAAGCUUCUCCCUGUUUUUCCAGGUGUCUUGCCCAGAAUGUUUUGGGGCAUACUGGCAAACCAUUCAGAGAAGGAAGUACAGGGAUUUAAUUUGCCAAGCUCUCAAGUUCUCCCCUGGCCAAAGCAAGUUGGGGGACUUUCUGUACGCGAAUCCUUUCUCCCUAAGACUUACUUUGCCCCCCUUUUUCAUCUCUGCAUAGUAUCUGUCCUCUUCCCCUUCCCUCUCUCCCCAUCCCCUGUUUUUGUUUUAGUGUGAACAGAAGGAACAUUUUUUCUCAGGGUUUCUGCAAGAUCUUCUCAUUGUUAGCACCUAAAAUGUAUAUAAGCAAAACUGUGCUAGCAUGUUAACUUUCACCCUUUUUUGAGGAGCUUAGUGCUGAAACAGCAGGUUUUAUAUAGUCAAGUUUUGGGGGGAGGCAGAAAUCAUUCUGUGCGUGUAGUUUUUAUAAACUGGUAGCCUCUGUAUAUAGGAAAGGAUGGGUGUGGGGACAAGAAUCUGCAAAUGGAGGGUGGGGGACGGUUGUGUGCAUGACCCUUGCUUGAAAAAUGUUGGCUUUUUGAUCCUGGCCUUUGGUAAGUUUCGUGUUUUCCUCGGAAAGUUGGGCGUACAGGUUACAGGCUCCCACUUUUCACCCGUAACUGAAGUGUCCAUCUAUAAACUUAAGUGUCCUCUUCAAUUAUCAUUUCAUUGUGCAGACAGAAGAAAACAUCUUUCUAUGUCCAAGUGGGUUGAGUGCCUCACAUUCAGGGCAAGGUUGAGGGUUUUUGUUGGUUGUUUUGCAGGACUGAGAAGCGGAGAGAAAUCUUCUUUCCCAUCCUGCUACUUAAAGAUCACUUAAUUUUGCUUCUUCGUUGGCUUCUCUUCACAGAACAAUAUAAAUAUUUGGGGGGGGGGGCUUUCAACAACAGGGCGUCCUUCCUUCUCAGACAUCAAUUGUGUAAAUUUUUGGUCCCACCCUUUUGCUCAAUGCAUCCAAUCUCUCCUAGCCACAGGGAUUGAAGAUUUGCCUCUAUUCCUUGUGAUUCACUGUUUGAAAUUCAAACUUUUAUGGUUUUUUUCCCUUCUUCUUCAAACAUUGGGUUUUUUUUUUAAAGAAUAAGUAUUCAAAAUUUCUGGGGGUUUUUUUGUUUUGCUUUUUUGCAAGCAGCUUUUGUCUCCAUACCCAUAAAGAUUGCAUCCGUUCCUACAAUCCCAGCCAGAUAAAAGCAUGGAAGCCUGCCAGCUCUGGAAGAAAUUGGUCAUUGAAACAGGGCUGCGAUGGGGUGCGGGAGCAUUGAAGGAGGGCAGCAGCGGUCUUUUCAGCCCUCUUGUUCUUUUUUCAAAACAUAUAGGAGUUAGAGAGAAGCAGGAUUCUUCUAUUUCCCUGCAUGUGUGUAUUCAAGAAUGUGUGAUUGUGUGACAACUGUUUUUUUUAUAACAAAGUUAAUUGGUAUUUUAAACACUUCCGGCCACUAGAAAAUAUUCUUCUGGGGAAGAAAGGGGUAUGUGUGUAUGAGAGAAUGCAAAUAACUUCCAUAGUUACACUCACAUGGAACCGUAAUAGUUUGAGGCUAUGAAAAGUUGGGCAUCUUUAACCAGCGUAUGGAGUGCUGCCUGUCUGCAAACAGUUGCACAAACACAUCUUGGAAUCACAGGACGACCAACAUAGGGGCCCGACUUAACUUCAAUAUCUUCAGAAAGUUCCAGUUAUGGUUAAAACGGAAUAGCUUUGGGAGCUGUUUGAAUCGGAUAUGAAAUAAAAAAGCGAAACUGGAGGGAUGACUAAAACGGCAACAUCCUUAGAUGAUCAGACCGAAAGAUCUUAGCAACUUUAGUAGAUGUCUUUUUUUCUGCACAUUUUUGUAAAAAAAAAUGAAAAAAAGAGGGAAAGGAAGAAAAAAUAAACAGUAAAAACUUCUCCCCAAAAGGUAUAAAAAAAAUCAGCCUGUUUAAAAUCUGUUAGUGUUUUUUCAUGAUUGUACGUCUUAGUUGCUGUAGAUCGAAAGCGCAAAGUGAAACAGGCUGUAAAUGUUUUUACAAACUGUAAAACGUUUAAGUGGCCAGUAAAAGGGUUUUUGCCAUUGAACAUGUAACUGUGUGGUUGUUUACAUCUGUAACUCUUUCUUUAACAAUUCUGGCAUAUGUAGAUUGAAAUACUUCCAUUUUUAGAAUAAAUAACCAUUCGCUUGAUUCCACAA